AUGUCUUCCGCUCAAUCUGCACAACAUCCGCUGCAGACCUGCUUCUCCGCUCUUAACAUACCCUUUUGGCACAACCACCCCAUCAUCCGCCUCUCACCCACCGCCCUCUCCAUCGCAGACCCCAAAGCCAUCCCAGCCAUCUACGGCCACGGCACACCAUGCCUGAAAGACGACGUCUACGCACUUACAAAAGGAACCCACACUCACUCCAACAUGCUGAACACCAUCUCCCGCGACGACCACUCCCGAAAGCGGCGAAUGCUCGCGAAUGCCUUCUCCACGAAGAAUCUCGAAAAUUGGGAGUUUAAGAUUGUUGAUAAGGUGGAGAGGUUAUUGCGGCAGUUGGAUGGGCGGUGUUCAUCAUCUUCGAAUGGGGAGAUGGAUGGGAAUGAAGUUGAUUUGAGAUCCUGGUUGAACUUGUUCACUAUUGAUGCGAUUGCUGAUAUAGGGUUGAGUGUAAAGCUGGGACUACUGGAUAGGGGGUCGGAUGAGGUGGAUGUGGAUGGGGAGGUUGUUAGGUAUAUUGAGUGCUUGCAUCGGGGGAAUCGGGUCUCUUCGUGGGUUAUUGGGGCGAGUGGGUGGAUUGGGUUCUUGAGGGUGGUUUCUAGGGUGGUUUCACCAUAUUUGAGGGAGCAGUGGGAGUGUGGACGGAGGUUUGGGAGGGUUGUGAGGAGUUUGGUGGAGCAGAGGGUGAGUGCUCAGGAGGGUAGGGAGACGUUGAGUGAUUUUCUGGGGUGUUUGAUUGAGGAUAAGAGGGGGUUUGGGAGGGGGUUGGAGAGGGGAGAGAUUGAGGCCGAGGCGGGGCUUUUGUUGGAUGCAGGAUCCGAUACAACGGCCAUCGCGUUGACGAACGUCAUGUACUAUCUUAUCAAGAACCCGCAAUCACUGAUAAAGCUCAGAGAGGAAGUAUCCGGCGCUGUUGUUGAGAAUGGAGUGGCGUCAUAUGCCAAAGUCAAGAACCUGCCAUACCUGAAAGCAUGUCUGCAAGAGUCGCUGCGCCUAUCACCUCCCGUCCCGAGGGGACUGGAAAGAAAGACACCCCCGGAAGGCAUGUAUAUUCUGGGAGAAAGAAUCCCGGGUAACUUUACAGUUAGUGUUCCCACAUACGCUGUUCAUCGAGAUUCAGAGAUCUUUCCAGACCCUGAAGCCUUCCGGCCUGAAAGGUGGUUAGAAGGUGAUGAAAAGAUUAAGCAGAUGCGGGCUGUUUUCAUUCCCUUUAGUAGUGAUGCGCGGGCGUGUAUUGGACGGAAUAUCACGUUCAUUGAACAGCAGAUCCUGGUUGCUACGUUGGUUCAUCGCUAUGAGUUUGCGUUGCCGUCUAAGGAUUGGGUGCUGGAGUGGGAGGAGGCGUUUAAUUUGUGGCCGGGGCGGAUGCCGGUGAGGAUUUGGAGGAGGGUUGAAUGA